AUGCUUCGCCGCCUGUUGCGCCACGCCAUGACGUUGCGGAUCUUCCGGGAGCCCCAGCCUGGGAUGGUCGCGCACACAAAAGCAUCCAAGCUGCUGGCUCGAUCAGAUGUGAACUCCUUCAUGGCUUUCCACCCUGAAAUCGGUUGGCCAACGGCAGCGAAGACUCUGGAUGCCUUGCAAAAGUGGCCCAGUUCGGAGGAGCCUGAUGAAACUGCCUUUUCUCUGGCCGACAAUGCUGGAGGAUCGAUUUACGAUGCCUUUGCCAGGGACCAAGAGCGUGCCUUGCGUUUUGCAGCAGGAAUGGAAGUCUUCGGUGCACUUCCUCGGUUCAACAUGUCCAGCGCAGUAGACGGUUUUGAUUGGAAGUCACUGGGCCAGGCAAAGGUGGUCGAUGUGGGAGGCUCCCGGGGCCACUUGGCCGUUGCGCUGGCCCAAAGGUUCCCCCAACUUACUUUCGUUGUUCAGGAUAUGGAGAAAGUCGUGGAUGAAGGAAGAGAAACUUUGACCCCAGAGCUCCACGGCCGAAUUAACUUCAUGGCCCAUGACUUCUUCAAGCCACAAGGAGUCUCCGCCGAUGUCUACCUCUUGCGCACCAUCCUGCACAACUGGUCGGACAAGUACUGCGUCGCGAUCCUGCGGGCUCUUGUGCCAGCCCUCAAGCCUGGAGCCAAAGUCCUUAUCAACGAAAUCUGUCUUCCCGAACCUGGCUCCAUGCCGGCGCACUUGGAAGCUGAGUUGAGGCUUAUGGACCUUAGUAUGGGCUCAAUUUUCAAUGGAAAAGAAAGGGACUCUGCAGAAUGGAAGGCGUUGCUGACACAGGCAGACUCUCGGUUUGAGUUGCAAACCAUAGUCCAGCCUUCCGGUUCAUCCUUGGCAAUGAUUGAGGUCAAUUGGUGUGCAGAUUCUUGA